CCUCACUCAGCGUCUCCUUUUUUGAACUCGAAAGUCCUUGGGCUUUCUGAGUGUUUUGCCGCUUGAGCUGCCUGGCUCUCCGGCUGCUCAAGCCUCCUGGAGCCGGUUACGUGCUCCCUGCUCCGAUGACCCCUGGGUGAUCUGUCGGCUUUUGGGAUCCCUUCUGGUGGUCCUUUUCUUUUCUUUUUUGUUUUUCUGUUUGUUUGGUUCGUUUGUGCUCAGAUCCGGUGGCCGUCCAACCCUCACGCGGAUCUACCGUGGUGGUUGCUGGGUUCCGAGAUCUGGUGGCCACCGCCGGUUUGGCUUCCCGCCUCGGUGUCCUGGAGACUAAGCGCCACUCCUACACGAGUAGAUUGAAGGGUGUCAAGUUAUCUGGAUGUUCGACCAGAAGAUCCGGUAAUCUGCUCCUUUGAGGUUGUCCGGGUGCACUGUUCACCUCCCUUCCUUGCCACUGCAAUUGGGUCUACUCUAAAUUUACUCUCCAGCUGUACUCUCUCUGGUUGUUUUUUUACUCUUAUCCCGUGGAUAAGAUUUUCUGUAGAUGCCGUAAUGGCGGUGUUGUAAUGCAAUGCUUUCUCUGCGUUCAAAAAAAAAAAAAAUAAUUGAAAUAUUAUUGUUCCCCCGGAUAAUGCCUUUGCCAUGCUCCACCAGCUUAGUUCGCUGCAGGUCCCCAAGAAAGCAAGAAGGAGCUGGAACCUCACAAUCUCAACAGCUGCUUGGUCCAUUUGGGUAAGUAGAAAUGGUAUUAUUUUUUAAAAACAGCCUUGGAAUGAAAACAGAUUGAUUGACUUAAUUCAAUCUAGAACUUUCUGCUGGAUCAAAGGAAACUCUACCUGUGCUAAGUUCAAUUUCGUUGACUGGUGUCAAUUCCCACUCCAUUGUGCAGUUGAUUUUUAACUUAUUGAACUUUUAAUGUAAUGUAUGGGUGAGUACCCAUUGUACUCUUUUAUUAAUAACACUUUU